GAAAAGCGUUAGAAUAUUUCUGCAGAUGUGUCUCCAUCUGCCUGGUGAUGACAUUCUGAUGACCUCACACCUGCUCCAGCCAUACAAGACACGCUGACAACAGUCUUCAGACAUCAUGGCAAUAAAUCGCGCAGCAAUAUCUCAUGUGAUGCUUCAGCAUAAAAGCGAAUUCAUUGAUGACAUCAACCUUAAAGAUCUUCUGGAGCGCAUGAAACUGGAGAAAGUCAUCGGGACCAACCACUAUAACGAGUGGAUAAGAAAGGAACCAGAAGAGCAAGCAGAGUUCCUUGUGCAGAAGAUACCCGAUAAAGGACUUGAUGGUUUUAAGGCAUUAUUGAAGUGCCUUUGGUUGGAAGAACCUGAAUUUGCUGAUAAAUUGUUGGCGUCCCUUGGGAAUGUAAACAAGAAAUGUGAACAAAGUAUUCGCAAGGAGCUUCUGGAGCGCAUGAAACUGAAGAAAGUCAUCGGGACGAACCACUAUAACGAGUGGAUAGGAGAGAAACCAGAAAAGCAAGCAGAGUUCCUUGUGCAGAAGAUACCCGAUAAAGGACUUGAUGGUUUUAAAGCAUUAUUGAGUUGCCUUUGGUUGGAAGAACCUGAAUUUGCUGAUAAAUUGUUGGCGUCCCUUGGGAAUGAAAACAAGAAAUGUGAACAAAGUAUUCGCAAGGAAUUGAGUGGAGAUGUUGGCGAUUCUGGUCCUCUGGACGAAUACAAUAUGACGUCCAUUCCUCGGGGUCAGGCACUCAUCAUCAAUAUCAAUAAAUUUGAAGGCAAAACGAAGAACAGGGAAGGCUCGAAAAUUGAUAAGACCGCGAUGGAGACCCUACUUAAAUAUAAACUGCAAUUCGAGGUCACUGUUGCAAAAGACCUGAAGCUCGAUGAGAUGAAGAAAAAGCUGAAGGACUUCGCGGAAAUGUCAGAUGAGCACAAGAGGGGCGACUGUUGCAUCGUCGUAAUCAUGAGCCAUGGAGACCAACGCCCAGGCUCUCAUCCCAAGGGACCAUAUCCUUUUGUAAUAUCAUCAUCAGAUGAGAAGCACCUUGAGGUGGAGCAAAUUGUUCAAAUGUUCAACAAUGUUGACGCCUUGAAGGGCAAGCCCAAGGUUUUCAUCAUUCAAGCUUGCCGGGCUAGUGAGGGAUCACCUUUUGAGCUUUCUUUUGAGGAUAUCAAGUUCCUGAACGAUGGGAUCGAAAUGGAUGGAGGAACCUUUAACCCUCACGAUACUUUCGUGGUCACUUCUACUAUACCAUGUAAUCUCUGGUUCUUUCUAUUGUUGACAGCCAUGGCUCCGAUCGAACGAGCAACUCUUCGCCCCAUCGUCUACUACGAGUUCCUCCAAGGACACUCUGCGAGAUCCGCCGCAGAUCUGCGCUGCAUUCAAGGGCAACGUCGUCCACUAUUCCACGGUGUCUCGAUGGUUGAAACGCUUGGAAUCUGGCGACACGACCUUCGGAGAUCGACCACGCUCAGGACGUCCAUCGACAGUCGAUGA